AUGUCGGCCAGAAAGGAGAAGCUGCGCGCGUGUCUACGAUGCCAAUUCGUCCAGUCGCCACGAGAUUUUCACCUGAAAGGAUGUCCCAACUGCGAACCGGUGCUCGAGAUGCAAGGCAGUCAGGACAGGGUAGCGGAAUGCACAACGAGCAACUUUGACGGCAUGAUCUCGAUGCUCCGACCCGAAGAGAGUUGGGUGGCGAAAUGGCAGCGCAUUGAGAAGCGUCUUCCAGGCUUGUACGCAGUCAAAGUGGUGGGCAGGCUACCUGAAGGCAUCGACGCCUGA